AUGAAAAUCAAAGUAUUAUUAUUAGUUAUGUUGGCCAUCUCUGGCUUCAAGGCAGUUUACGGCUGUACCGAAAAAGUCUCAACCACCAAAUAUCGUGUCACCCUGGUAACAAUGCGCAAAUAUCCCGAACGCUGCGACUCAUUUGAGUGUUCCUCAGGUCUAAAUCCAUUUGUGCUGCGUCCGAUUAGAGAAACCUAUACGGAUAUCGAAGAGGUCUGUUGUGAAGGUUAUGAACGAGAAAGUGAAACUGGAACCUGCCUGCCAAAAUGUGCCGACUGCAAAGGAGGUCGCUGCAUACGACCCGACAUAUGCCUCUGCCUUACGGGUUAUAGUAAUGCGGCGAAUAGGACAAUAUGCGAACCGAUUUGCAGCGAACCCUGCCUUAAUGGCAAAUGUAUCGAACCGGAUGUGUGCGAAUGUAAUGAGGGUUAUAAAUUCGUGACGGGCAGUACAAACGAAUGUGAAUCCCAGUGUGACAAAGAGGUGAAUUGUGAAAAUGGCCAUUGCGAUGUGAGCGGAAAAUGCCACUGUAACGAAGGCUAUCGUAUGGAUGAAAAACAACAACGUUGUGUACCGGUGUGUGAAGAGCCGUGUGAAAACGCGAUGUGUACCGCACCGAAUGAAUGUACCUGCUGGGCGGGAUAUUCGAUGCGUUUGGGAUCGAUUAGCCAAUGUGAUCCGGUGUGUUCGAGUGGUUGUGCCGAUGGAGUGUGCAAAGCACCCGAUGUCUGUGAGUGUAAGGAGGGUUAUAUGAAUUUCGGCAGCAUCGAAUCGCAGGGUUGUAUACCAGUGUGUAAGGAGAAAUGUGUUAAUGCCUUUUGUACGGCACCGAAUCAAUGUACCUGCUUCGAGGGUCAUGCCUAUCGCAAUCGAUCACGUAGCAUUUGUGAACCCACCUGCCCGAAAGAUUGCGAGAAUGGUUUCUGUAGUGAACCGGGAAAAUGUGAGUGCCACGAGGGUUAUGAAAAAACCGAACCUCAUCGUUGUUCGCCGGUGUGUAAGGAGGAAUGUGUAAAUGGCUACUGUUCGGCGCCGGACACGUGUAAAUGUCACGAUGGUUAUGUUUAUGCGGAUAGCAAGGAGAAGGUGUGCGAACCCUUCUGUAAUAGGGGCUGUCGUAAUGGCAAUUGUACGGCGCCGAAUGUUUGCACCUGUAACUCGGGUUAUCAACCUCUCUUAUUUUAUCAUUGCAUACCCAUUUGUCGCCAACCUUGUAUCCAUGGCACCUGUACCGCUCCCGAUACUUGUCGCUGUUUCAUGGGCCACAAACCGAACCCCAACAAUCCCAAUCAAUGUGAUCCGAUAUGUAACUUUGAUUGUGAACAUGGUAAAUGUAUUGCACCCGGUACGUGUAGCUGUGAUCCGGGUUAUGAAAAGAAAUGGGUAACGGGUAAAUGUGAACCGCAUUGUCCGCAGAAAUGUGUGAACAGUAUUUGUUCGGCUGGUGGGGUUUGUCGCUGUUAUGCUGGGCAUAAAUUACGUGAGGGAUCGAAAUCCAUAUGCGACCCGGUCUGCUACCCCACAUGUAUCAACAGCAAUUGUGUCGAACCGAAUACCUGUGAAUGUUGGGAGGGUUAUGAGGAGACGAAACACUCCAAUCUUUGUGUUGCCCAUUGCCGGCCCUAUUGUGAGAAUGGUAUGUGUGUGGCGCCCAACAAAUGCCAAUGCAAUGAGGGCUAUAGGGUGGUGAAUGCCUCAACCCCUAACAGUUGCCAAGCCAUAUGCGAGGAGACUUGCAUCAAUGCUGAAUGUCAGAAACCGAAUAAAUGUGUCUGCCUGGAGGGUUAUCGUUUCUUGCCGAACAGCACGGUAGAAUGUGAACCGGUUUGUGAACAGUCCUGUGAGAAUGGCUUUUGUGUGGCGCCCAACACUUGCAAUUGCAAGGCAGGAUUUGUAUCGCGUAUCAAUCCCGAUACAGGGUAUAACGAAUGUGUCGGAUUCUGUAAUGAAUGGAAUUGUCGUGGUGGCACGUGUUCGUCAUCGACAACUUGUGAGUGUCCUGCGGGUAUGGUGUAUGAAGUGCUGAGGGGAAUGUGCGUGGCGGAGAGUGUGGAAAAGGAAAGGCUGUUUAAUGGCGGUGUUCCUGUUUCUCGCUGGACCAUAGCCACCGUGGCCAUAAUUCUCUUUGCCGUUUGUGUCCUGGCCCUUAUUAUGAUAUUCCGUGAAAUAGCUCAUCGCCGAGUCCAUGAUAAGCAGCAGGUGCGUUUAAUUGAAAAUCCCUCGUUUGGGGUACUCUUGCCAAAUGAUCGCCUAGAGGAUGAUGAGGAGGAGCAUACAGAUUCGACGCAAGAAAUUAGUACUUAG